UCCGAAAGCAGCUGUGCAUAUACGUGUGUUUUCAUACAAUAAUUUAUCGAAAAUGGCAUUUUAGGUCACAAUAAACAAUCCAAUUAAAUGUGAAACGCGAUUCAAAGAUGUCGAGCCGCCGUUCGAUACUCGGUUCAGCUCUGGACGCGCUGCCUGCGCCGUCGGAUCCUCUCCGAGAGUUGUUCGAAGCUUGCAAAACUGGGGACGCACCUCGUGUGAAGAAGCUCGUAACUCCUCAAACCGUGAAUGCUAGAGACACUGCUGGCAGGAAAUCUACUCCUCUACACUUCGCUGCAGGAUAUGGUCGCAGAGAAGUCGUAGAGAUCCUCAUAGCAGCAGGCGCAGCACUCCAAGCGAGAGACGACGGCGGCUUACAGCCGUUACACAACGCUUGCAGCUUCGGCCACGCCGACGUCGUCCGUGCCUUGCUGUCAGCCGGAGCGGCGCCGGCGGCGAGGGACAACUGGGGGUACACGCCGCUGCAUGAGGCCGCUGCUAAGGGAAAGGUCGACGUCUGUAUAGCACUGCUGCAGCAUGGCGCCGAUCCAAACAUCAGGAACACAGAAGGGAAGACUCCCUUAGACCUUGCAGACUCGGCCACCAGACCUGUUCUCACAGGCGAAUACUGCGCCGCCGACGUCCUAGAAGCGGCUCGCUCAGGCGCCGACGACCGCCUAGCAUCGCUCCUGACUCCGCUCAAUGUGAACGUGCACGCACAUGACGGACGCCGAUCCACGCCGCUUCACCUGGCGGCCGGUUAUAAUCGCGCGCGUGCUGUGCGUCUGCUACUGGCCCGCGGUGCUGACGUGCACGCAAAGGAUAAGGGCGGCCUAGUCCCUCUCCACAACGCGUGUUCCUACGGCCACUACGAGGUGACGGAGUUAUUAGUCCGAGCGGGAGCAGACGUCAACGCUACCGACUUAUGGGCCUUCACGCCGCUACAUGAAGCCGCUAGCAAAGCUAGAUUGGAGGUUUGUUCCCUACUAUUGAGCGAAGGCGCGGAUCCUACUCUUCUGAAUUGCCACGGCAAGUCGGCGCUCGACGUGGCGCCUACAAGGGAACUACAGGAGAGACUAGCCUUCGAGUACCGUGGUCACUGUUUGCUAGAAGCGUGUCGUCUCGCGGAGCCGGCGCGGGUGAAGAAACAGCUGUCUUCCGUCAGCGGGCAACACCAACACCAGUCUUCCCAAGCAUCAACGAGCGGUAGCACGCACUCCCUCCCCCCGCCUCCCCCAGAAUGCGGGGUAGAGGCGCUGGUCAACUUCACGCACUUAGGAACGGGAGACCGACCGCUACACUGCUCUGCUGCCAGCGUGUAUCCUAAGAGGAAGCAGGUCAUGGAGAUGCUAAUCCGCAAAGGCGCUAGAGUGAACGAGAAGAAUAAAGAAGGACAGACGCCGCUACACGUUGCUACCGAACACUCGCACUUGGACGCCAUGGAUCUACUGCUGAGGCAUGGAGCAAAAGUGAACGCGUGCGACGCCCGCGGCGAAAGCGCCCUAUCCUUAGCGGCCCGCCGGGACUCCGCCGCGGCCUGCCGUCUGCUUUUAGCGUGCGGCGCCGACGCCCGGCCCGACGCCCACCACCCGCCCGCCGGUAAACUUGGCUUUAGAGUAGACCAGCCCAGACACUCCCGGAGCCGCCGCCUACUUCUAGCGUGCGGCGCCGACGCCCGGCCCGACGCCCACCACCCGCCCGCCGAUGCAUGCGCAAACGCAGCAGCGCUCCGGCUCCUCGAAGCGGCCAGAACAGGCGACGUCGAAACAGCCCGCAGCAUACUCUGCUCGCGACCGAGACUAGUCAACUGUCGCGACGAGGACGGCCGCCACUCCACGCCGCUACACUUCGCCGCCGGAUACAACAGAUUACCUCUAGCACAACUGUUAUUACAAAGAGGGGCAGACGUCCACGCCAAGGAUAAAGGCGGUCUAGUCCCACUCCACAACGCGUGUUCCUACGGCCACUACGAGGUGACGGAGCUGUUAGUGGCCGCCGGCGCCGGCGUCAACGCAGCUGACCUGUGGCGCUUUACGCCGCUGCAUGAAGCCGCUGCCAAGGGCAAGGCGGACAUAGUACGGUUACUGCUCAAGCAUGGUGCGGACCCAACAAGAAGAAAUCGCGACGGUCUAACUCCACUACAGUUGGUACGAGCGGGGGACAGCGAUACGGCCGACGCGCUGAGGGGAGACGCGGCACUAUUGGACGCGGCCAAGAGAGGAGACUUGGCCAGAGCUAGAAAACUAAUAACUCCACAAAACGUGAACUGUAGAGACGCACACGGAAGGAAUUCCACGCCACUACACUUAGCGGCCGGGUACAACAACUUAGAAGUCGCUCAGGCUCUCUUAGAGGGCGGCGCGGGCGUCUCCGCGCGAGACAAGGGCGGGCUGGUGCCGCUUCACAACGCGGCUUCGUACGGGCACUUGGAGCUUGCCGCGCUACUGUUGCGGGCGGGAACGCCGCCCAACGCCGCCGACAGAUGGGGCUUCACGCCGCUACACGAAGCAGCGCACAAAGCGCGGACACAGCUGUGUGCUUUAUUGUUAGCGCACGGAGCGGACCCGUAUCUCAAGAAUCAAGAAGGACAGACGGCUCUCGACUUGGCUGGCGCGGAGGAUGUCCGCUCAUUACUACAGGACGCGAUGACCGGCGCCGCCGGAGACGCGCCGCCGCCCCCGCCGCCGCCGCCGCCGCCGCUGCCGCCGCCGCACCACCCUGUAUUGAUGCCUAGCGGGGACACAGUGCCUUUGGCUUUACCUGUGGUCCCAAGCAACUACUGGGCGGAGGGUUCCCGGGGGAGCUUAGAGGACGCAGCAGGACGCCCGGCGUCCGCUCUGUCAACUUCGGAGUCGCUACAGACUUUCCUGUCAAGCAUCGGCUUAGAACAGCUGGCGUCCAUCCUGGAGCGGGAACAGAUCACAGUGGACAUCCUUUCAGAGAUGUCUCACGAGGACCUGCGAGCGGUUGGCGUGCCCGCGUACGGACACCGGCACCGCCUGCUCAAGGCGGCGCGGCACUCGCGACACGCGGCGCAAGUGGACAUCCUGUCGGAGAUGUCUCACGAGGACCUGCGAGCGGUGGGCGUGCCUGCGUACGGACACCGGCACCGCCUGCUCAAGGCGGCGCGGCACUCGCGACACGCGGCGCAAGGUGAGAGAGAGAGAGAGAGAGGAGAGAGAGAGACAGGACACCGGCACCGCCUGCUCAAGGCGGCGCGGCACUCGCGACACGCGGCGCAAGGUGAGAGAGGAGAGAGAGAGACAGGACACCGGCACCGCCUGCUCAAGGCGGCGCGGCACUCGCGACACGCGGCGCAAGAGGGAGAGAGAGGAGAGAGAGAGACAGGACACCGGCACCGCCUGCUCAAGGCGGCGCGGCACUCGCGACACGCGGCGCAAGGUGAGAGAGGGAGAGAGAGAGGAGAGAGAGAGACAGGACACCGGCACCGCCUGCUCAAGGCGGCGCGGCACUCGCGACACGCGGCGCAAGGUGAGAGAGGGAGAGAGAGAGGAGAGAGAGAGACAGGACACCGGCACCGCCUGCUCAAGGCGGCGCGGCACUCGCGACACGCGGCGCAAGGUGAGAGAGGAGAGAGAGAGACAGGACACCGGCACCGCCUGCUCAAGGCGGCGCGGCACUCGCGACACGCGGCGCAAGAUAUCAUCAUUGGCCUAGAACAACUGGCGUCCAUCCUGGAGCGGGAACAGAUCACAGUGGACAUCCUGUCGGAGAUGUCUCACGAGGACCUGCGAGCGGUGGGCGUGCCUGCAUACGGACACCGGCACCGCCUGCUCAAGGCGGCGCGGCACUCGCGACACAGCUCUGUAAUUGGUUCGUGUGUCACCCUUUGCACUACACUAGUCGACGUCACAGCGGCAGCGGAUGGCGCGUGCGAGAGCGAGUUCGCGAUAGUAGAGCGAGAGAUGCAAGCGUCCGUGCGAGCACAUAGAGAACACGCUGGAGGAAACUUUUCACAUUAUAAUGUUGUUAGGAUACAAAAGAUAGUCAACGGCCGCCUAUGGGAGCGGUAUCAACAUCGAAGACGGGAAGUGGCGGAAGAAGCGGGCGCGGCCGGCGAGCGGAUGCUGUUUCAUGGGUCCCCGUUCAUUAAUGCUAUCGUGCAGAAAGGCUUCGAUGAGAGACACGCUUACAUAGGCGGCAUGUUCGGCGCGGGCAUAUACUUCGCGGAGCACUCGUCUAAAAGCAACCAGUACGUGUACGGCUUCGGCGGCGGAUCCGGCUGUCCUGCGCACAAGGAUCGCAGCUGUUAUCUGUGCCACAGACAAAUGCUCCUCUGCCGCGUGACGCUCGGGCGCGCGUUCCAACUGAUGAGCGCAAUGAAGAUGGCGCACGCGCCGCCCGGACACCACUCGGUGGCCGGACGACCGUCGCAGGGCGGCCUGUGCUUCCCCGAGUACGUCGUGUACAGGGGCGAGCAGGUCAGUGUACUAUCACUAGCACAGAAGUAG